AUGGAGAUCAGAGAUGCAGACCUGCCGAAGCAACCAGAGGGUCACAGGCUACCGAUCCCGUUGGCCAAUCCGCCGUACCCGCCCGCAUUCCUGCCGCCCUUUCCAUCGUCUUCGCUAUCGCCGCAGUCUGGCACAGGACCCUUGAACCUGGGCGAAUCUGCGGGUGCUAGCAAAGCAGUGAUAGUCGGGAUUCCACCAGGAGACCCUCGCCUGAUGCAGCCGAUAGCGCUCGACACCUCUUUCACCGGCGUAGCAGGCAAGAUCAAACGCAACACUUUUGCCUGCACAAAUUGCCACUCGCAGAAGUCCAAAUGUGUGCCCUCAGACGUCAACGAUAUUUACGGCAAGCCUUGCGUUCGCUGUACCAAGCGCCACAAAACUUGCACUUUUGACUUGUCACGGAGAACAAGGCGACGCAGACGAGACAGUGACAUAAUAGCAAAUCCAGAGCCCCCACCGAUGUCCAGUAUCCCAAUGGCUUCCGUGCAAGGAUUCAGCUCCCCAGUUCCUAGGAUUGAUGCACCAUAUCUCAAUAACCAAGUACCUCCUUUAGUCAGUCCUGCUUUGAACACUGGCCCGACCACUGCUUAUCCAUUCAAGGUGCCUAGCUCUUCGAUGUCCUCAGUUUUCAACUCAACUCCGUCAAUUUCGACAUCUGAUUGGUCUCAGGGAAACCCGCAUUCUAUUCGUCCAUCUUCGAAACCCGCCGAAAGUGGUGCCAAAAUCCAAAAGACCUCUGGCGCAUUGCCCAUACCGUUAGAGCUCCACCCGUCAUACAGGAGCUUGAAGAAUGAACUUCAUUCGUUACUAUCCUUCCAGCGUCAGAAUUUGAAUGAGGUGUCUGAUAGGCUUACAGAUCUCUCUAGAAGGUGGAACGAUGUCAUAGAAAAUAGUGUUGGCAUACCACUUGCCUUAGACCCGGUAACUUUAGGCAUCAUCAGUAAAGAGCAGGCCCAGCAUAGACUUGAUCUUUAUCGUUAUGAAAUAUCGAACCGUCACAGGCUCCCAUUUGUGAAGAUACCGCCAGACCAGACGCUAGACGACCUGAGACAAGAAGAACCUAUCCUGUUUGUAACCAUAAUGUCGAUUGUGUCGCCCAUGCUGAAGGCUCACGAGUCCACUGACGAUCAAAAUAUGAAGUUGGAUAAUUUUACUUUGGGCUUGAUUUCACACCACAUGAUGCGCCUUGGCAACAAGUCCUUGGAGUUACUGAAGUCUUUACUAACCCUGUGUUUGUGGUAUAAUUUCCCCGAGUGGUCCAAUAAGACAAGAUACUACUUUUUCAAUUACAUCUGCUGUUACCUUAUCAAAGACUUGGUGCCAGUAGGAAGACCUCGUUCAUUGGCCAUGAUCAUUAAUAACAAGAACACUACUGCAGAGGACGAGGCGGCUGCCACCGAUAGGUUCCUCCUCCAAAACGGGAGCUAUUCUCGCUUGGUGAUUCUAGUCUACUUUUCUGCUCUCAAUAUAAAUAUCUUUCUCCGGCAGCCCAUCCAAAAUCGAUGGGGUUUACUGCACGAGCGAGCGAGCAACAUUAUGUCAAUGUUUGAAUCGGGCCCCGUUUCGAUCUACGAGCCGGAAGAGGAUGAAAUUUUGUUAGUGUUUGGUGAGUUGAACCACGUAUUAGAGAAGAUACAUGUGAAAUUACACGAGGCGGAAGAGGAAUCAACUAAUUACAAGCAUGGCCUGGCUUCUGAAUCGCAAAUAAAACUUUCCGAAACAUUGCUCGAUGAGUUACGAGAGAUAUUCGUAAGAUUACCCAAGGAGAGGACGAGAGCAUUGGCCUUUUACCACUCUGUUGAAGCAUACUUGCAUGAGUGGAUGUUCGCCCGAUUUAUGACAAAAUUCGAGGAUCCUAUUUCGAUCAAAGAACUGCCCGCCAUGGUGGCCGAGUCUUUCCGGGCACUUACACAAUCCUGCCUAGACGCCAUGCACGAAUUUAUCAAAUUACCACCGGAGCUAAUUGCCUCCUUGCCACUCUUUCACACUUCAAGAGUAAUCUACACAGUUGGCAUGCUGUUGUUACGGGUAAGGUACACAACUAUAACCGUUCCUGCUUUUGCAAGUAUGCGACCGCUCACUUUACCUGCCAUUGACUUGGUAAACAAAAUAUCAGAAUCUUUGGACAAAAGUGCGGCCAUGUAUCCAUAUAACAAUUUCCUGUCCAAACUCAGGUAUGUGGUGGCACUUUUUGUCCAAAUCUAUGCCAGUAAAGUCAAAACCUUUGUUGAGACCAAAAAGGGCGAAAUAGAUUUCUCUGUUUCACGAACCACUGAAAUUGAUAACAAAAAUGUAGCUGCGCAAAACCAAAGUGCCGUUCCAAGAUUACUGAAUCCACUUUCUUCCGAUGACGAUCCUUCAUUUAACAAUCCGGCCUCUUCAGCAUCGAGGACCUCCGACUUCAAAGAAGCCUACCCUGAUGACCUGAUAGAUAGCCUAAGCUACCAAAUGGCUGACAUGAGCUCAUUAGAGCUUGGUUUUACCGCUUUGAGUGGUGAAUUUUGGACGGACGUUUUCUUCGACGGCAUGCAAUAG